GAGUCGCCGUCCGGCCCAGCUCGGCCCUGCGAGAGGCGCCCGGAGUUCCGCCCGGGGCGGGCUGACACCUCAGCGCGCGCGGGCUCCGGCCGUCGGUACCAGAGGGCGCGGCCGGCCCGGGUCCCGGCCAGAGGACGAGGCCCGCGGGAGGUCCUAGCAGCGGCGCGCCCCACGUGUGGAGACCCGCCCCGAGUGCCAUGGCGCGUGGUUCCUCCGGCCCCCGCAUCUGCCCUUAGCUACGGCGGGGCGACCCCGGGCGGUCCCCGGGCCUCGGGGCAUGGAGCCGCACGUGCUGGGCGCCGGGCUCUACUGGCUGUUGCUGCCCUGCACGCUCCUGGCGGCCUCCCUGCUGCGCUUCAAUGCCCUCUCACUGGUCUAUUUGCUGUUUCUGCUGCUGCUGCCCUGGCUUCCAGGCCCCUCAAGACACAGCAUACCAGGUCACACGGGCCGCCUACUUCGUGCACUACUCUGCCUCAGCCUUCUCUUCCUGGUGGCCCACCUUGCCUUCCAGAUAUGCCUCUACACAAUGCCUCACCUGAAACAGCUUCUGGAACAAAACUGCAGCCUUUGGGAGGUGUCUCGACACAUAGGAGUUACAAGGCUGGGCCUGAACGACCUACAGGACAUCCUUAACACCACCAGGCUGGUGGCGCCUGACCUGGGAGUCCUAGUGGUGUCCUCUCUUUGCCUUGGCCUCUGUUCGCGCUUCACCAGGCAGGCUCGGCAGAGCCAGCGCACCCAGGAGCUGCAGGAUGAUGACGACAUGGAUGCUGCCCCAGCGGUGGGGCUCCAGGGAGCCCCUGCCCUGGCAACCAAACACAGGCCGUGGCUGAGCUCCCGUUUCCGGGUCACAGCCCACUGGCUGCUGAUGGCCUUUGGAAGGAUGCUGACCAUUGUGCUGCUGGCGCUGGCAGGUAUAGCCCACCCUUCGGCCUUCUCCAGUGUCUACCUGCUGGUCUUCCUGGCCAUCUGCACGUGGUGGGCCUGCCACUUUCCUCUCAGUUCCUUGGGCUUCAACACACUCUGUGUCAUGGUGAGCUGCUUUGGCGCCGGCCAUCUCCUUUGCCUCUACUGCUACCAGACAGCUUUUGUCCAGGGUGUGCUGCCACCUGGCAGCAUCUGGGCCAGGGUGUUCGGUCUCAAGAACUUCAUAGACCUCCCUAACUGCACCAGCCCCAACGUGCUGGUGCUCAACACUAACCAUUCCUGGCCCAUCUACGUGAGCCCUGGUAUCCUGCUGCUGCUGUACUACACAGCCACCUCUCUCCUGAAGCUCCGUAAAAGCCGUCCCUCAGACCUGAGGAAGAAGGAGGCACCUAGGGAGGAUGAGGAACAUGAACUGGAAUUGGACCAGCUGGAGCUAGAGCCCCAGGCUAGGGAUGCCAGCCAGUUUGUGAUACCCACGUCCACAGGACCUGACAUUGACAACUGCACUGUGCACGUCCUAACCAGCCAGAGUCCUGUCCGCCAGCGUCCCGCACGCUCCAGGCUGGCUGAGCUGAAAGAGAUGUCACCACUACAUGGCCUGGGCCGCCUCAUCAUGGACCAGAGCUAUGUGUGUGCCCUGAUUGCCAUGAUGGUGUGGAGCAUCACAUACCACAGCUGGUUGACCUUCGUGCUGCUGCUCUGGGCCUGCCUCAUCUGGACCGUGCGUAGCCGCCACCAGCUGGCCAUGCUCUGCUCACCCUGCAUCCUGCUGUAUGGGCUGACACUCUGCUGCCUGCGCUAUGUGUGGGCCAUGGAACUCCCCGAGCUGCCUACCACCCUGGGCCCUGUCAGCCUGCACCAGCUGGGGUUGGAGCACACACGCUACCCCUGCUUGGACCUUGGUGCCAUGCUGCUCUACCUGCUCACAUUCUGGCUCCUGUUGCGCCAAUUUGUGAAGGAGAAGCUGCUGAAGAAGGCCAAGGUGCCUGUUGGACUGCUGGAGGUCACAGUGGCAGAGACAGAGCCCACACAGACUCAGACACUGCUGCGGAGCCUGGGGGAGCUGGUCACAGGCAUCUAUGCCAAGUACUGGAUCUACGUGUGCGCUGGCAUGUUCAUCGUGGUCAGCUUCGCGGGCCGCCUGGUGGUCUACAAAAUCGUCUACAUGUUCCUUUUCCUGUUGUGCCUCACCUUGUUCCAGGUCUACUACAGUCUGUGGAGGAAGCUGCUCCGUGUCUUCUGGUGGCUGGUGGUAGCCUACACCAUGCUGGUGCUCAUUGCGGUGUAUACCUUCCAGUUCCAGGACUUCCCCACCUACUGGCGCAACCUCACCGGCUUCACGGAUGAGCAGUUGGGGGACCUGGGCCUGGAGCAGUUCAGUGUGUCGGAGCUAUUUUCCAGCAUCCUCAUCCCGGGCUUCUUCCUGCUGGCCUGCAUCCUGCAGCUGCACUACUUCCACCGGCCCUUCAUGCAGCUCACUGACCUGGAGCACGUGCCCCCACCGGGCACCCGUCGCCCCCGAUGGGCUCACAGGCAGGACACAGUGAGCCAGGCCCCCCUGCUACAGCAGCAGGGGGAGGAAGAGGAAGUCUUCAGGGAUGAUGGGCCGGGCAUGGACGGGCCGGGCAUGGACGGGCCGGGCAUGGACGGGCCGGGCAUGGAUGGGCCCCACCAGGCCACACAGGUCCCCGAGGGUGAAGCCAGCAAAUGGGGCCUGGUGGCUGACCGGCUGCUGGACCUAGCGGCCAGCUUCUCUGACGUCCUCACCCGCAUCCAGGUGUUUGUGCGGCGCUUGCUCGAGCUGCACAUCUUCAAGCUGGUAGCCUUCUACACUGUCUGGGUGGCCCUGAAAGAAGUGUCUGUGAUGAACCUGCUGCUGGUGGUGCUGUGGGCCUUUGCCCUGCCCUACCCGCGCUUCCGGCCCAUGGCCUCCUGCCUCUCCACUGUGUGGACCUGUAUCAUCAUUGUGUGCAAGAUGCUCUAUCAGCUCAAGAUCGUCAACCCACACGAGUACUCCAGCAACUGCACUGAGCCCUUCCCCAACAGUACCAACCUGCAGCCCAUGGAGAUCAACCGGUCUUUGCUGUACCGUGGCCCUGUUGACCCUGCCAAUUGGUUCGGGGUGCGGAAGGGCUACCCCAACCUGGGUUAUAUCCAGAACCACCUGCAGAUCCUUCUGCUGCUGGUAUUUGAGGCCGUGGUGUACCGGCGCCAAGAGCACCACCGUCGGCAGCACCAGCGGGCCCCUCUGCCUGCCCAGGCUGUGUGUGCAGACGGCACCCGCCAGAGGCUGGACCGGGACCUACUCAGCUGCCUCAAAUACUUCAUCAACUUCUUCUUCUACAAAUUCGGGCUGGAGAUCUGCUUCCUGAUGGCCGUGAAUGUGAUCGGGCAGCGCAUGAACUUCAUGGUGAUCGUACAUGGCUGCUGGCUGGUGGCCAUCCUUACGCGUAGGCGCCGUGAGGCCAUCGCCCACCUCUGGCCCAAUUACUGUCUGUUCCUUACACUGUUCCUGCUGUACCAAUACCUGCUGUGCCUGGGCAUGCCACCUGCACUGUGCAUUGACUACCCAUGGCGCUGGAGCCAGGCCAUCCCCAUGAAUUCUGCUCUCAUCAAGUGGCUGUACCUGCCUGACUUCUUCAGAGCCCCCAACUCUACCAACCUUAUCAGUGACUUCCUCCUGCUGCUCUGCGCCUCCCAGCAGUGGCAGGUAUUCUCGGCCGAGCGGACAGAGGAGUGGCAGCGCAUGGCUGGCAUCAACACCGACCACCUGGAGCCCCUGCGUGGGGAGCCCAACCCUGUACCCAACUUCAUCCACUGCAGGUCCUAUCUGGAUAUGCUGAAGGUGGCCAUCUUCCGCUACCUGUUCUGGCUGGUGCUUGUGGUGGUGUUUAUCACAGGGGCCACCCGCAUCAGCAUUUUCGGGCUGGGGUACCUGCUGGCCUGCUUCUACCUGCUGCUCUUCGGCACUACCCUGCUCCAGAAGGAGACACGAGCCCAACUCGUGCUGUGGGACUGCCUCAUCCUCUAUAAUGUCACAGUCAUCAUCUCCAAGAAUAUGCUGUCGCUCCUGUCCUGCGUCUUCGUGGAGCAAAUGCAGAGCAACUUCUGCUGGGUCAUCCAGCUCUUCAGCCUCGUGUGCACAGUAAAAGGCUACUACAAUCCCAAAGAGAUGAUGAGCAGAGACCGGGACUGCCUGCUACCUGUGGAGGAGGCUGGUAUCAUCUGGGACAGUGUCUGUUUCUUCUUCCUGCUGCUGCAACGGCGCGUCUUUCUCAGCCACUACUUCCUGCAUGUCAGUGCUGAGCUGAAGGCCACUGCCCUGCAGGCCUCCAGGGGUUUUGCCCUCUACAAUGCAGCCAACCUUAAGAGCAUCAACUUCCACCGCCAGAUUGAAGAGAAGUCCCUGGCCCAGCUGAAAAGACAGAUGAAGCGCAUCCGUGCCAAACAGGAGAAGUACAGGCAGAGCCAGGCAAGCCGUGGCCAACUCCAGUCCACCGACUCCCAGGAUCCCAGCCAGGAGCCAGGGCCUGACAGCCCAGGGGGCUCCUCCCCGCCACGGAGACAGUGGUGGCGCCCCUGGCUGGACCACGCCACAGUCAUCCACUCUGGGGACUACUUCCUGUUCGAGUCGGAUAGCGAGGAGGAAGAGGAGGCCCUACCUGAGGACCCCAGACCUGCAACACAGAAUGCCUUCCAGAUGGCAUACCAGGCAUGGGUAACCAAUGCCCAGACAGUGCUGAGGCAGCGUCGGGAACAGGCACGGGAACAGGCACAGCAGGAGCAGGCACAGCAGGAGCAGGCACAGCAGGAGCAGGCACAGCGACAACUGGCUUCUGGAGGUGACUUGAGCCAGGAGGUGGAGCCAGCAGAGGCCCCAGAGGAUGAGAUGCCAGCAGGCCGCAGCCAUAUGAUGCAACGUGUCCUGAACACCAUGCAGUUCCUGUGGGUGCUGGGCCAGGCCUCCGUAGACGGGCUAACACGCUGGCUGUGCACAUUCACAAAGCACCACCACACCAUGAGCGACGUGCUUCGUGCAGAGCGCUACCUGCUCACCCAGGAACUUCUGCGGGGUGGAGAGGUACACCGAGGGGUGCUAGACCAGCUUUAUGUGAGCGAAGCUGAGACCACACUGCCAGCAGGUCCCACGGAGACCCGUGAUGGACCCAGCACAGCCUCAAGUGGGCUGGGAGCUGAAGAGCCUUUGAGUAGCAUGACAGACGAUACCAGCAGCCCCCUGAGCACAGGCUAUAACACCCGCAGUGGCAGCGAGGAGAUCAUCACUGACACUGGGGACCUCCAGGCUGAGACCUCCCUGCAUGACUCCCAGGAGCUUCUAGCCAAUGCUCGCACACGGAUGCGCACAGCCAGUGAGCUGCUCCUGGACAGGCGCCUACGCAUCCAAGAGCUGGAGGAGGCUGAGGAGUUUGCAGCUCAGCAGGGCCGGACUCUGCGGCUGCUAAGAGCCGUGUACCAGUGUGUGGCGGCACACUCAGAGCUGCUUUGCUACUUCAUCAUCAUCCUCAACCACAUGGUGACAGCCUCGGCUGCCUCCCUGGUGCUGCCCAUGCUCAUUUUCCUGUGGGCCAUGCUGACCAUCCCAAGGCCCAGCAAGCGUUUCUGGAUGACAGCCAUUGUCUUCACUGAGGUCAUGGUGGUCACCAAGUACCUGUUCCAGUUUGGCUUCUUCCCCUGGAAUAGCUACGUGGUGCUACGGCGCUAUGAGAACAAGCCCUACUUCCCUCCACGCAUCCUGGGUCUUGAGAAAACUGACAGUUACAUCAAGUAUGACCUGGUGCAGCUCCUGGCCCUCUUCUUCCACCGCUCCCAGCUACUGUGCUAUGGCCUCUGGGACCAUGAGGAGGACAGUUUCUCCAAGGACCACUGCAGGAAUAGUGAGAAGGACCAGGAGGCUGAGGAAGAGUCAGAAGCUAUGCUGGAAUCGCCGCCUGAGGCAGGCACUGGGCAUCCCGAGGAGCUGGUGUUGGCUGGUACCCCCAGGGACCACAUCCAAGGGAAAGGAAAUGUUAGAUCUAAGGAUGGGAUCCAAGAACCCCUAGAGGACCCUAAGCCGCAGCACAAGAGGCACAUCAGCAUACGCUUCAGGAGGAAGAAGAAGACUCCAGGACCCAAAGGAGCAGUGACUAUGGAGGCUGAGGAAGAGGAGGAGGAAGGAAAAGAAGCCGCAGGGAGAAAGAGCCCACAUCACGCUCGAGGAAGAUUGAAGGUUCAGGAAAGAAUGAAGGCAGCUGGGCGCCGGCUGCAGAGCUUCUGCCUGUCACUAGCUCAGGGCAUCUAUCAACCCCUGCGGCGUUUCUUCCAUGACAUUCUGCACACCAAGUACCGAGCGGCCACAGAUGUCUAUGCUCUCAUGUUCCUGGCUGACAUUGUCGAUUUCAUCAUCAUCAUCUUUGGUUUCUGGGCCUUUGGGAAGCACUCCGCAGCCACAGACAUCGCAUCCUCACUGUCAGAUGACCAGGUGCCGGAGGCCUUCCUCUUCAUGCUGCUGGUCCAGUUCAGCACCAUGGUCAUUGACCGUGCCCUCUACCUGCGCAAGACCGUACUGGGCAAGCUGGCCUUUCAGGUGGUCCUGGUGGUGGCUAUUCACCUCUGGAUGUUCUUUAUCUUGCCAGCCGUCACUGAGAGAAUGUUCAGCCAGAAUGCAGUGGCCCAGCUGUGGUACUUCGUGAAGUGCAUUUACUUUGCCCUGUCUGCCUACCAGAUCCGCUGCGGCUACCCCACCCGUAUCCUGGGCAACUUCCUCACCAAGAAGUACAAUCAUGUAAACCUCUUCCUUUUCCAGGGGUUCCGUCUAGUGCCAUUCCUGGUGGAGCUGAGGGCCGUCAUGGACUGGGUGUGGACUGACACCACACUGUCCCUGUCCAACUGGAUGUGUGUAGAAGACAUCUAUGCCAACAUCUUCAUCAUCAAAUGCAGCCGAGAAACAGAGAAGAAAUACCCACAACCCAAAGGACAGAAGAAGAAGAAAAUCGUCAAGUAUGGUAUGGGUGGCCUCAUCAUCCUCUUCCUCAUUGCUAUCAUCUGGUUCCCACUGCUCUUCAUGUCACUGAUACGCUCUGUGGUGGGUGUUGUCAACCAGCCCAUUGAUGUCACUGUUACCCUCAAGCUGGGCGGCUAUGAGCCGCUGUUCACCAUGAGCGCCCAGCAGCCUUCUAUAGUGCCUUUCACACAGCAGGCCUAUGAGGAGCUGUCCCAGCAGUUUGACCCCUACCCACUAGCCAUGCAGUUCAUUAGCCAGUACAGUCCUGAGGACAUCGUCACUGCACAGAUCGAGGGUAGCUCUGGGGCACUGUGGCGCAUCAGCCCCCCAAGCCGGGCCCAGAUGAAGCAGGAGCUGUACAAUGGCACAGCUGACAUCACACUACGCUUCACCUGGAAUUUCCAAAGGGACCUGGCCAAGGGUGGCAGAGUGGAGUAUACCAAUGAGAAGCACACCUUGGAGCUGGCCCCCAAUAGUACAGAACGGAGGCAGUUGGCCCAACUGCUCGAGGGCAGACCUGACCAGUCAGUGGUCAUUCCCCACCUCUUCCCCAAGUACAUUCGUGCUCCCAAUGGGCCUGAAGCUAAUCCGGUGAAGCAGCUGCAGCCAGAUGAGGAAGACGACUAUCUUGGUGUGCGCAUCCAGCUGCGGAGGGAGCAAGUGGGCACAGGGACCUCCGGGGAGCAAGCAGGCACAAAGGCUUCUGAUUUCCUGGAGUGGUGGGUGAUUGAGCUGCAGGACUGCCAGGCUGACUGCAACCUGCUGCCCAUGGUCAUCUUCAGUGACAAGGUCAGCCCACCUAGCCUCGGCUUCCUGGCUGGCUACGGGAUCGUGGGGCUAUACGUGUCCAUUGUGCUAGUUGUUGGCAAGUUUAUGCGGGGCUUCUUCAGUGAUAUCUCACACUCCAUCAUGUUUGAGGAGCUGCCAUGUGUGGACCGCAUCCUCAAGCUGUGCCAGGAUAUCUUCUUGGUGCGGGAGACCCGGGAGCUGGAGCUGGAGGAGGAGCUAUAUGCCAAGCUCAUCUUCCUGUACCGCUCACCAGAGACCAUGAUCAAGUGGACACGUGAGAAGGAGUAGGAGCCUGGCUCCUGGGCACCGGGAAUGAAGGAGCUGCCCCAGGGCAGCAUGGCCACCAGGGCUGACAGAGCUCCUUGGAUAGGAGUGGAGCUGCCUGAGGCCACGAGCUGUGACACAUCCUCCUGGCCCGUGUAAGCCCUGAUGAUGCUGCUGUCAAAGGGACACUGGGUCCCCACCUGUUGCGUCCCCGCCUGCUGGGCUGGGGGCCCAGUGUAGCUCAGGGCUAGCCACACUGGGUCUGGGGGCCUGGCUCUCCCUUCCCACAAGUACUGUAGAGUUUUCUAAGUAAAAACAUUUUAUUUAUACAAACGGACAGUCA